AUGGCGCAAGCUGGCGGACAGUCUUCCAUCACAGUAGCCGUGCGAGUACGGCCUUUCACCAUCCGUGAAGCUGCACAACUUCAGAAAAAUGACGAUGGCACAGUCUUCCUCGGAGACGGUUCGCUCGCUGGCGCCCCAGCACCCAAACUGCACCAGCGCGGCCUGCGCAGUGUCAUCAAGGUCGUCGACGACCGGUGCUUAGUAUUCGAUCCUCCCGAAGACAACCCCGUGCAGAAAUUCUCCCGAUCAGUCGUGCCCACAUCCAAGAAGGUCAAGGACCAGGUCUUUGCCUUUGAUCGUGUGUUUGACGACAACACAAGCCAGUCCGACGUCUACGAGGGCACGACCCGAAACCUGCUCGACAGCGUCCUCGACGGGUACAAUGCCACUGUCUUCGCCUACGGUGCCACCGGAUGCGGCAAGACGCACACCAUCACCGGCACAUCCCAACAUCCGGGCAUCAUCUUCCUGACCAUGCAGGAGUUGUUCGAGAAGAUUGACGAGCGCAGCCAGGAGAAGACCACAGAGCUUAGCCUGAGCUACCUGGAAAUCUACAACGAAACGAUCCGAGAUCUGCUGGUGCCUGGAGGCAGCAAGGCCGGUCUGAUGCUGCGCGAGGACAGCAACCAAGCCGUCACAGUCUCCGGCUUGUCAAGCCACCAUCCCAAAGACGUCCAAGAGGUCAUGGAUAUGAUUGUUCAGGGCAACGAAUACCGCACAGUGUCACCCACAGAGGCCAAUGCCACCUCCUCGCGAUCGCACGCCGUGCUCCAAAUCAACGUGGCCCAGAAGGACAGGAACGCAGACGUCAACGAGCCACACACCAUGGCAACUCUCAGCAUUAUCGACCUGGCAGGGUCUGAGAGAGCCUCUGUGACCAAGAACCGUGGCGAGCGCCUUACCGAGGGUGCCAACAUCAACAAGUCUCUGCUGGCUCUGGGCGGCUGUAUCAACGCCCUCUGCGAUCGUCGCCUCAAGACCCAUGUUCCGUACCGGAACAGCAAGCUCACCCGCCUGUUGAAAUUCUCACUCGGAGGAAACUGCAAGACUGUCAUGAUUGUCUGCGUGUCACCUUCCAGCGCUCACUACGACGAGACCCAUAACACUCUGCGAUAUGCCAACCGAGCCAAGAACAUCCAGACCAAGGUCACCCGCAACGUAUUUAAUGUCAACCGUCACGUCAAGGACUUCUUGGUCAAGAUCGAUGAACAGAUGGCGCUCAUCAACGAGUUGCGAGCACAGCAGAAGGACGCCGAGGCCAUUUUCUUCGCCAAGUUCAAGAAGCAGUGCGACAAGCGCCAGGGUUUGGCUCGCGAGGGCAUGCAGCGUCUUCGCCAGGCCUAUGACCAUUCGGCAUCUGAUCGUCAGGAGCGCAUCAACUGCAUGAAGAAGCUGAGGGCCUUUGAGCGACGUAUCAGUCUCUUGUCAGGCUGGAUUGGGGCCUUCGACACAGUUUGUGACCAGCACACCGGAGGCGAUGAGGAGGCGAUGCCACCCAACCUUUUGGCAAUCCGGAAGACGGCCAGCGGCAUUCUCCUUGAGCUCGAGAACAGCCGCCAGCACCUCCAUCAGAAACUGGAGAAGCCGACCUGGGAACGGGCUAUCGACACAGCGCUUGUGCACAGCCUCAAGCAGCUCGAGAGUACUGACGGUGCGGAUACCGGUGAGAUCGCCAACCUCGAACGGGAAGCUGAGCUUCUCAAGAUGAACUUCAACCGGGAGAGCUACAGAGAAGUGCUUGAGCAGGAAAGGGGAGGCGACGCUGCCAUGAUGCAGCUUCUCCUAACUGCCCAGUUUGAGAUGCUGACUUCGCUCUCCGAGACCCUUGAUAUGGACGAGGAGUCGGCUGUGGCUCAUGCCAGAGGGCUCAUCCAUUCGCUCCUCCAAACUGGUUUCAAUGCCGCCUCGCAGGUAGUCAAGCCUGACGGACCCUUGCCCGUGGUAGAUGCUCUUCCACCGAUGCGCAAGGGGACUCCACGAAAGAAGAGGGCUCCUGGUUCGGCCGUGAAGCCACUUGCUUUCCCUACCAUGACACAAAUUGAGGUCACAACAAUGAGCCCAUUGAAGGCGUCUCCGAAACGACGCAAGGCUGCCAACCCUGCAAAGAUGGGAGUGUCUUUCUCCCCCGUGAAGAAGGCAGUCAUGAAGAAGGGAGGUGUCCGAUGGCGCGACGACGAAUCUGAGGAUGGCACACUGGCCGACUUUGAGAAGACGCCUAAGAAAUUCAGCUCUCCUCCAGAGAACCCAGUUGAGACUGUCGCCGCCGAGAGCAGUCCUCCUCCGCCACCAAAGUUCACGAUGCCCUCAAUUGUAACCGAGCCAGCGCCAGCCGCGCCCGUCUUCCUGCAGCACGAACCCACGAUCGACGAAGAGGAUAGUACCUCAACAAGCUUGGACUUGCCGGAAAUGACGAGCAUCCCCGUUGCCAAGCCCAGUCGGUUCCAGGCCGGAUUCCUGUCCAAGGCGUCUAGAAGAUCCUUGGCGGUUGAUGGCUCUCCUCCGCAACAGGCACCCACGAUGAGCCUCAAUCUUGCGAGCCGACACUCGAUGUCUCCUUCAGACUCGGAUAGAACGCCCCCUCCGCUGCGGUCACUCGACGUCGCUAAAACCGGGAACCUUUCACCGCGGCUGCCGAUUGCCACAAGGCGCUUCUCUCCCACCUCUCAGCGCAUCGCCCAGGUCAUGGUCGAUGAGAAUAACCCGCCGUCGCAGCAGUCUGGAUCCGACUCGGAAUCAGGAGCCAUUGAUGCUCGCAAGCUUAGGAGCGCGCUGCACUCGGCCAACAAGGCGCGAAGGGUGAGUCUUAUGGCCGGCGCGGGGGCUUCUGGCGCAAGACGUGUAUCGUCGAUUGGUUCUUUGAGUGGUGAGCGAUCAAUGGGAGCAGCCCCCAGGCCUAGUAUGCCUGCUUCCGGCAGCCUGGCGAGCAGCACCAACGGCAUCUCGAGGCACCGACGGGGCAGCUCAGAGCGACGCAAGAGUCCACCCAUGACGUGCUCCCCCUCUGAGCUGUAUGGCAAAGGCGAGAGGGCCCUCAGCGCCAGCCAGGCGAGGCGCAUGAACCUUGGUGGCAGCCUCCGGGUGGAAAAUGGACGUUCUGGAAACGGCUCUGGCGAGACUCGGCGCGUGACUAUUGGUCUCGGGUCGACGCCUGCCGGUGGGAACCGAAAGGCUGAUGCCCGAUCUAGCAUUGCCUGGCGGUGA